CCGCCCUCAGUUCCGGAAUCCGUCCGGCGGGGGAAAAACCUUCGCGGUUCGGCGGCGGAGGGGCCCGGAUGCAGGGGGACGGCCGCGUCCGGCGGAGGAAGGAGGCGAAGCCGAGCGGAGAGGAGGGAGCCCGCAGAGGAGCCCCCCGGUCCGGGCCGCGGCGGCGGGAAAGGUGUGGACCCGGUGGAACUGCCGAAGGGCCGCCCAACGAGAUGAUCCAGAGCGAGGAGGGACCCCCUGGAAGGAGGGUGCCCGGGAAGCGAUGCGGGGCGGCGGAGGGCGUCGGAAUAGGCGGGAAAAUUCACCCAGGAGAGAAGCCCUAUAAAUGCCUGGAGUGUGAAAAGAGCUUCAGUGUGAGGGGAAGCCUCAAUAAACAUCAAAGAAUCCAUUCAGGAGAGAAGCCCUAUAAAUGCCUGGACUGUGGAAAAAGCUUCAAUCAGAUAGGAAGUCUCAGGAUACAUCAAAGAAUUCACACGGGAGAAAAACCCUACAAAUGCCUGCAGUGUGGAAAGAGUUUCAGAGCGGGAGGAUAUCUCAGUCAACAUCAAAAUAUUCACACGGGAGAAAAACCGUAUAAAUGCCUGGAGUGUGGAAGGAGCUUCAGUGACAGGGGAAGCCUUAAUAAACAUCAAAGAAUCCAUUCAGGAGAGAAACCCUAUAAAUGCCUGGACUGUGGAAAAAGUUUCAAUCAGAUAGGAAACCUCAAAAUACAUAAAAGAAUUCACACGGGAGAAAAACCCUACAAAUGCCUGGAGUGUGGAAAGAGUUUCAGAUCGAGCGGAGAUCUCAGGAUACAUCAAAAAAUUCACACGGGAGAAAAACCCUAUAAAUGUCUGCAGUGUGGAAAGAGUUUCGGUCUUAGUUUCAGCCUUAAUACACAUCAAAGAAUCCAUUCAGGAGAGAAACCCUAUAACUGCCUGGAAUGUGGAAAAAGUUUCAGUCAGAUAGGAAAUCUCACGAUACAUCAAAGAAUUCACACAGGAGAAAAACCGUAUAAAUGCCUGGAGUGCGGAAGGAGCUUCAGUCAGAGUGGAAGCCUUGAUAAACAUCUAAGAAUCCAUUUAGGAGAGAGACCAUAUAAAUGCUUGGAGUGUGGAAAGAGUUUCAGAUCGAGAGGAGAUCUCAGGAUACAUCAAAGAAUUCACACAGGAGAAAAGCCCUAUAAAUGCCUGGAGUGUGGAAUCGGCUUCAGUUGCAGUGGGAGCCUUUGUACGCAUCAAAGGAUCCAUUCAGGGGAGAAACCGUAUAAAUGCCUGGAGUGCGGAAAGAGCUUUACUCAGACUGGACAGCUCAGGGUACAUCAAAGAAUUCACACGGGAGAAAAACCCUAUAAAUGCCUGGAGUGUGGAAAGAGCUUCAGUCACAAUGUGGGUCUCAGUAAACAUUAUAAACUUCACACAGAAAAGAAAGUUUAUAAAUGUAUGGAGUGUGAAAAAUCCUUCAAAAGAAAUGGAAAUCUCCAAAACCAUAUUAGAAUCCACACAGGAGAGAAACCAUAGAAAUGGACAGAGCGUGGCUAAAAUCUUCAGUAACCAGCAAAGUCAGUGCAGUCCUGGAUGCUGAGAAACUCAUUGACUAUUUAUACACAGACACUUUUUACAAUCUAAUACAAAUAAAUCUAUUAAGGCACAGGUGUGCAUACUUACCCUUCAUAGCCAUCUCAACCUGUGUGUGUCAAUUUGAGUGUAUGCUGUAUUAUCAGCCCAAACAAUCAAGGAUAUGCCAACUUCUGAACGCGACCAUUUUACUGUUUCCUCUAUUGCUAUGGUUUGCUUAACGAUUGUGCUGUUCUAAGGUGCCUACUAGUUUAAUGCCGAUUACUAAGAAAGUUGUUUUUCUGCGUCAUUGUUAUGGCUUUCCUUUGGAUUGUUAUGGGAGAGAAGAGAACUUACAUUGUAGGAGUUUUUUUGCUGAGAAGUCUGAAGGGGGCAGCUGGGCUGUUUGAUCUUGGUAUGAAAAAUGCCUUGUAUAUAAAAUGGGGAUAUGUAAAUGUCCUGGUAUAUUUCGAGGUGGGGUAAAAAUUUAAGAAUUAAUUGGAUUGACAGUGAGGUCUUUUGUGAUUUUAUGCCUUUUUAAUGAUUUGGAUUAAGAUUUAUUGGUUUCUUUUUAAAGUUUGAUUUUUAAGAUUUAUAAGGUAUCUAUAAAGUAUAAUAAUGUUUGGUUUUAGGUUUAAUAGAGUUAAUAUUAUUGUACCAUUAAUUAUAAAAAGGCAAUUUAUAUGUUUUUAUAAUUUGACUUUUAUUGUAGUAGAAAUAUAUAGAAUGGUGUUAGGAAGGAAAUAAGUGAAUAAAGUUUAUGUUUAGGGGAGGGAAGUUGGUUUAGACAUAUAUAAAUUGAUAGAUAGAAAUCACUAAACAAUUGCUCAUUCCCCUUAUAUUAAUUAUAAAUAAGGGGAAGGAGCAAUUAUUUAGUGAUUUCUAUGUGUGCUGAUGGAUUGAUUUAUAGAAAUAAUGUGAUCUUGGUUUGAUAUAGAGUAAGGGAUUGAUUAUGGAAAUGGCUGUAUAUUGUUGAAAGUCGGAAGUCACUUAUGUAAGCUUUUAAAGAGUUUUCUUGUGUUUUCUCACUUUUUAGGGUUUUUUUGUUUUUUGUAGUUUUUAUCUUUGCUUUAAACUUAAUAAAAUUCUGAUAAAAAAAAAAGAUUACAGCAUAGGAAAGAGGAAGAAAUGACAAUGUAUUCUGGCAUGCAGACAUCGCUUAAACCAUACAAGCAACAAAAAAUAGAUGGCCUCAUGGAAUUUAAAAAGGCCAAAACUCAGGGUUCAGCUUAAUACAUUUUUGAAUUUUUGAUGCUGUCACAUGGGGUCAGUCUGGAAGGGUAACAUGAGUUACUCUAGAACUUAUUGUCCUCUGUUCCUCUUCAUAUGCAUAAUAAGGGGGCAUAAAAUAUAUUUUCCAAUUAUUCCUAGUAAUAUGGUUA